AUGGUGCCCAGUCAGGACAUUCAGGGAGAAAUUGAGGUGGGAAGGUUGGGCGAAAGUGAGCACAAUGACAAUGAUGUAUCCAGGCCAGGUGAUCCAGGGGUGGAUGAGCCGGGUGCCGACCAAUCAGGAACCAGCGGUGGCGCCACAACACUAGGCCCAGAUGUGCCAGGGACCACGCUGUCAGGAUGCAUAGUGAAGAGGGUCAUCAGCUUCACACUCUGCAACCAAUGCCAGUGUGCAUUGGUUGAAGCACCUAUCAAUACCAACACAGAGAGUCAGAGUGCCGUCCUGCUGCAGAUGAAAGAGUUUAAAACGGAUGUCAGUCAAGCGCAUCGUCCUGAACGCCAGGAGUCUCCUAGCAUGGAGGAAGAGUCGCCAUACAUCAAGAAGGUGGAGGUAGAACUGGUCCACAUUAAAGAGGAGCAGGAGGAGUAUUUCAUUAGAGUAGUGAACCCCCACAUUGAGGAGCAGCAGCAACCUCAUCACCUCCAAAAGGAGGAGGGGGACCCUCCAUAUGUUAAAGUGGAGGUGGUGGACAUCCCCAAGUGUACUGAUGAGCCCUUAAAGGGUGAAGAUGGCGGUGUGAGUGAGGCCAGCAGAGGGUCGGAGCCUCAGAAUGCCAGCAACAGCAGUUCAAAAGAAGGAUCCCAAGCAGACAACCUCAUCGCUCGACCAUCAGAGAGUGACGAUUUCACAUCACACUCCCUGUUCUCCAAGGGUCCUGUCGCGUUGUCACGGUGUGCUCUCGAGAAGAUAGUGGCGUCCUCCACCGAAGUGAAGAACUUUUUCUUCCCGUCCUUAGUUGAGAUCCGUUUCGUGGCUGGAUACAGGAGCGCUGGUUUCAGCAAAUAUCUUGGUCCUGAUGCUCAACAGCUAAAGAGAGAAGUACAACUUCCAAUCAAAAAGGAGGAGGUAGAACUGCCAUACGUGAAAGAUGAGGACGAUAUCACCAUGUCAACUGCUGAGCCCUUGAAUAGCAAGGAUGGUCCGAGUGAGGCUAGCAGAGGGACGGAGCCUCCAAGCAGCAGCUCAACGGAAGGAUCGCAAGCACACAUUUUCAUCGCACCAACAGAUAGAAAUGGUGCCAUGUCACACUCACCUUACAAAGAUGAUGGUCAGAAGAAAUCUCACCGAGACGACAAACUCUGCAAAUGCUCUCAGUGUGGGAAAACCUUCGUUAAUAACGAUAGUUUUCGUAUGCAUAUGAGCAGCCACACUGGUGAAAAACCUUUUUCCUGCUCAGUUUGUGGUCGAAAAUUCACUCAGAAGAGGAACUUAGACAGCCACACAAGAAUCCACACUGGUGAAAAACCUUUUUCCUGCUCAGUUUGUGGUCAGGGAUUCAAUAGAAAGCAAAACUUAAAAAUACACACAAGAACCCACACUGGUGAAAAACCUUUUUCCUGCUCAGUUUGUGGUCGAAAAUUCACUCAGAAGAGGAACUUGGACUGCCACACAAGAACCCACUCUGGUGAAAAACCUUUUUCCUGCUCAGUUUGUGGUCAAAGAUUCAAUAGUAAGCAAAACUUAAAAAUACACACAAGAACCCACACUGGUGAAAAACCUUUUUCCUGCUCAGUUUGUGGUCGUAAAUUCACUCAGAAGAGGAACUUGGACUGCCACACAAGAACCCACUCUGGUGAAAAACCUUUUUCCUGCUCAGUUUGUGGUCAGGGAUUCAAUAGAAAGCAAAACUUAAAAAUACACACAAGAACCCACACUGGUGAAAAACCUUUUUCCUGCUCAGUUUGUGGUCAAGGAUUCAAUAGAAAGCAAAACUUAAAAAUACACACAAGAACCCACACUGGUGAAAAACCUUUUUCCUGCUCAGUUUGUGGUCAAGGAUUCAAUAGAAAGCACAACUUAAAAAUACACACAAGAACCCACAAUGGUGAAAAAUCUUUUUCCUGCUCAGUUUGUGGUCGAAAAUUCACUCAGAAGAGGAACUUGGACAGCCACACAAGAAACCACACUGGUGAAAAACCUUUUUCCUGCUCAGUUUGUGGUCGAGGAUUCCGUUAUAAGAGUGACUUAAAUGUACACACAAGAACCCACACUGGCGAAAAACCUUUUUCCUGCUCAGUUUGUGGUCAAGGAUUCACUCAAAUGCAACACUUAAAAGUACACACAAGAACCCACACUGGCGAAAAACCUUUUUCCUGCUCAGCUUGUAGUCAAGGAUUCAGACGUAAGAGUGACUUAAAUGUACACACAAGAACCCACACUGGCGAAAAACCUUUUUCGUGCUCAGUUUGUGGUCAAGGAUUCAGUCAUAAGAGUGGCUUAAAAGUACACACAAGAACCCACACUGGCGAAAAACCUUUUUCCUGCUCAUUUUGUGGUCAAGGAUUCAGUCAUAAGAGUGCCUUAAAAGUACACACAAGAACCCACACUGGCGAAAAACCUUUUUCCUGCUCAGUUUGUGGUCAAAGACUCAAUAGUAAGCAAGGCUUAAAAAUACACACAAGAACCCACACUGGCGAAAAACCUUUUUCGUGCUCAGUUUGUGGUCAAGGAUUCAGUCAUAAGAGUGGCUUAAAAGUACACACAAGAACCCACACUGGCGAAAAACCUUUUUCCUGCUCAGUUUGUGGUCGAGGAUUCCGUUAUAAGAGUGACUUAAAUGUACACACAAGAACCCACACUGGUGAAAAACCUUUUUCCUGCUCAGUUUGUGGUCAAGGAUUCAGUCGUAAGAAUUCAAUAGUAACACACGCAAGAACUCACACUGGUGAAAAACCUUUUUCCUGCUCAGUUUGUGGUCGAGGAUUCCGUCAUAAGAGUGCCGUAAAAGUUGUGGUCAAAAAUCCGCUCGCAAGGAUUGCUUUAAGAGACACGUGUGCAUUGGAUCUAAAUGUCACCCAAGCCCAUCGUCCUGAGCAGCAGAAGUCUGCAUGCAUCAAGAAGGAGGAGCAGGAAGAGUCACCGUACAUCAAGGAUGAGGAAGAGUCCGUUUUAGCAAAUAUCUUGAGUGGCCGCAGUCUGAGUCUCCUGGCUUUAAAGAGAAAGUCGAGCCCCCGAAUAUGA